AUGACUGCCAUAAUCGGUUUUGGCUGCCGCUUUGCUGGCUCGUCCACUUCGCCUUCACGCCUGUGGGAGCUACUGCAGCAUCCUCGCGAUAUUGCGUCUACCGUACCUCCAGACCGCUUCAACGCCGAUGCGUUCUACCACCCCGAUAGCGCGCAUAUAGGUACCACGAACACCAGGGAGGCCUACUUCAUCGACGGCGACGUCCGCGCCUUCGAUGCCGCCUUCUUCAACAUCUCACCGAACGAGGCCCGCGCCAUGGACCCCCAGCAUCGCCUCCUGCUGGAGACUGUGUACGACUCCCUCGAUGCUGCUGGACUACGCAUCAACAGCCUGGCCGGCUCUGAUACCGCCAUUUUCUGCGGCUCGAUGAGCGAGGACUAUUCAGCGAUCAUCAAUCUAGACCCGGAUACUAUGCCGCAGUACAAGGCUCUUGGAACUGGCAACUCCAUGAUGGCCAACCGGAUCUCCUACUUCUUUGACUGGAACGGGCCCUCAGUCGUCGUCGAUACCGCGUGCUCAUCUAGCUUAGUGGCAUUGCAGAUGGCUGCUGACGCGCUGCAAAAAGGCCAAUGUUCACUGGCAGUCGCCGCUGCCAGCAAUCUGAUCCUAUCGCCACACACGUUUGUGGCAGCCUCGACGUUACAGAUGCUCUCUCCAACCGGUCGCUGUCAUAUGUGGGACUCGCAGGCAGACGGAUUUGCAAGAGGGGAAGGGAUAGCGUCGAUAGUACUGAAACGCCUGCCAGAUGCCAUCCGUGAUGGCGAUCCUAUUGAAUGCGUUGUGCGCUCUAUUGGAAUCAACUCCGAUGGCCGUGGCAAAGGCUUGAGUAUACCAAAUAGCCUUGCUCAGGAGAAACUAAUUCUAUCCACCUAUCUUAGUGCCGGUUUGGAUCCAAGCCGCCCCGAGGAUCGCUGCCAGUUCUUUGAGGCACAUGGAACUGGUACGCAGGCCGGUGACGCAGAAGAGGCCUCUGCCAUUUACAACGCCUUUUUUCAAAAUUCCUCUUCAACGGUAGAAGAGGACCCAGAAAACUUUAUCUAUGUGGGAUCUAUCAAAACUAUCAUUGGCCAUACAGAGGCGACUGCUGGACUAGCCAGUGUCAUCAAAUCUUCACUAUGUUUACAACAUGGCCUCAUUGUUCCUAACUUACAUUUCCACCAGAUCAACACAAAUAUCUCCUCAUAUUUGUCGCGGCUUCGAGUGCCCACAAAAACGCUACCAUGGCCCAAACUUGCUCUUGGCGUUCCUCGAAGAAUUUCCGUAAAUUCCUUCGGGCUUGGGGGGACGAACGCUCAUGUUAUUCUGGAAAGUUUCGAUUCUAACCAACACUCCGAUAAUGUUUGUUCUCCUAUCUUGCAACAUGUGCCACUACCAGCACUUCCAUUUAUCUUCUCUGCUCGGUCCGAACAGUCUCUAGUUGCAGUAUUGAAACAAUAUCACCAGUACAUUCAGCAGAAUCGGCAUGUCAGCCUAGUUGAUUUAGCAGCGACUCUGUUCAUGUGCAAAUCUAAACUUAAGCAUCGAGCCAUUAUCUCUGCCUUCUCAACUGAAGAUCUGCUGAACAAGAUUUCAGCGAGGUUAGACUCACCUGAGACUGAUCUUGUAGACUUGACUAUACAACCGGGUCCUAGAAAACCUAGAUGUGCUGUAGGUAUCUUUACCGGCCAAGGAGCACAAUGGCCACAGAUGGGACUUAAUCUACUUUCUUCCAUCCCAGAUGCUUAUAUAGUACUUCAAAAGCUACAAGACUCUCUAAACCAGUUACCCUUACAGUAUCGCCCGACAUUCUCUAUGAUUGAUGAGCUAUCCGCCCCCGAAUCGUCAUCGAGAGUACACGAGGCGGCUAUUUCACUCAGCAUACGCACUGCGCUACAAAUAAUUCAGGUUGACAUUUUGCGUGCUGUGGGCAUAUCGUUAGAUGUCGUAAUUGGCCACUCCUCUGGCGAAAUCCCGGCUGCCUACGCCGCUGGCAUUCUCACAUCCUCAGACGCUAUUCGGAUAGCCUAUCUACGAGGACACAUCAUCUCCAAGCAUCAAUCUGUAGGAGGCAUGGUUGCGGUCGAUCUCUCAUGGGAUCAAGCCAAUGCAAUUUGUUCAGAUCCCGCCUUUUUGGGGAAAAUCAAUAUCGGAGCAUAUAAUUCACCGUCGAAUGUUACUCUUUCUGGUGACUCGGACGCAAUUGAUGAGCUGAAUUGGUUACUACAAAGUCUCAAUCAAAACCCUCGUGUUCUGAGGGUCGAUACUGCCUAUCAUUCACACCAUAUGUUAUUAUCCGCCGAACCGUAUCUUCGUGCUUUGGAGGAAUGCAAUAUCCAUAUCAAUCACUCAUCGUCGAUAGCGUGGUAUUCCAGCGUAUUUGGCGGCGACAAGAUCGACGUUUCUCUUCAAUCAAUUUUCUUGAAAGGAGAAUAUUGGAUGGAAAACAUGCUUCGUCCGGUCAUGUUCUGUCAAGCUGUAGCUUCUGCCUUCAAAGCAAACCCUCAUAUCGAUGUUGUCCUCGAGGUCGGCCCCAAUCCAACGCUGAAAAUUCCUUCAGUGGAAAUUAUAUCCUCUGUCUUACAAAGCGACGUUCAAAUUCCAUAUAUCGGUUUAGCGGAACGGAAUGAAAGCAGCACUCAAUCUUUUGCUAGGGCCAUUGGUUUGUACGCGGCACUCUCAGACACGGAAGCUAUAGAUAUCAAAAGCUAUAUAGCUCUCUUCAAGGAACAAAUCCAACCCAAUUUUCUUAAAGGUCUUCCGUUAUAUCCGUUUGAUCACACACAGUCAUACUCAGUGGAGUCUAGAAUGGUAAAUGCCUAUCUGCACCGUAAUUUACCACCAAAUUCCCUUCUAGGAAAUCUCACUUCAGACUCUCAUCGUGGCGAGUGGCGUUGGCGCAAUCACAUCAACACCGAGGAUCUGGCUUGGCUUGAGGGCCAUCGUGUUCAAUCGAACAUCGUGUUUCCUGCAGCUGGAUAUAUCUCGAUGGUAGUCGAGGCAAUAGAAAUAAUAUACGGAAGAGAUCGAAGCUUGCACUCGAUUGAAAUUGACGAUUUCGCCAUAGAUCGUGCAAUUAUCGUCCCCGUCGACAGAGUAAAAGGGGUUGAGACAUUAUUUCGAAUAGCAGCCCAGGACUCUACAGAUCACGUCGUACAUGGCAACUUUAGCUGCGUUGCCAGCUUCGGGGGAAUACUAAAGCCAUGCGUCUCCGGCCGAGUUAUUAUUGAAUUCGGAGAGUUAAGGCCAGAUCUUUUGCCACGAAAAGAUGAUGGUGAGGACGAAAUGAGACCAGUAAACACAGAGGAAUUUUAUGAUUAUCAGAAUGACUUCGGAUUGGAAUACUCGGGGCCUUUUCGAUCGAUUACGUACCUUGAAAGAAAAAAAGACGUCGCUUGUGGCUUCGUCUCAAACUGCGUGGAUGAGCAGUUACAUAUUCAUCCCGCGACUCUGGACGCCGCAUUACAUAGUCUUCUCGCCGCUGCCAGUUCUCCCGGUGAUGGACAGCAGCAUACAUUGAAUAUUCCGGUUGGAAUUUCUCGGAUAACCUUGAACCCUACUCUUUGGGGACCUAUAAGGGAAGAAAAGUUUAUAUUUCAAGCUUUUAUCACAGAACUGGGCCCCACAAAAUUAAGAGGGGACGUUCAUUUGUUCGAUACACAGGGUCAGGGAUUGCUAUCUGUAGAGGAUAUCAUUCUGCAUCCAAUCGUGGAGACCACACCAACCGAUAAUGAUAUGAUUUUCUCGACUAUUGUUUGGGGUCCCUUAAAGCCUACAUCAUGUUUGCUUGACCGAUCGCAAGCUAGGCUGAACAUCGACUGGGAAAUACUGGAAAGCAGAGCUCUCUCGUACAUUCGAGAUAUCAACACGAAACUAGACCAACAUCUGGAGUUCCAGGGGUCUCAAGUUCACACUUUGAUGAAGGGUAUAUUGAUGCAGAAUUGCGAGCUACCUUGCGUAUGUUUUGAUGGCAAGUUAGAUGACACAGCUAACUCUCCACACACCGAACAUACCAACAGUGACACGCGUGUGGAGCUUGAAAUUAUCGACGAAAUUGGAAACAAUUUGCUAUCCCAUGUUCUUAAUGAUGACGACGCCAUUCAGCAAAAGUCGCAAAGCCACACUAUGGUUAGAAGUCUCUAUUGCAAAAGUGAAUAUUUCAUAUCUUUGAUUGAUGAACUGGCGGGGCUAGUCAAGCAGAUUGUAUUUCGGUUUCCAUCUUUGAGAAUUCUGGAACUCGGUGCCGGAUCUGAAUGUUUUGCAGGACAUGUGAUUAAAAAGAUCAAUGGUUCGUAUUACUCUUACACUUACACUGCUCUUUCGGACGCUUUUUUUCACGAUGUCCAAUCAACCCUGCGCGAGGAAAAAGGCCGUGUCUUCUAUAAAGUUCUGGAUGUUGAAAGUGACCUUGUAGACCAAGACUAUGGGCAUUAUUUCUACGAUUUGGUAAUCGACACUCGAGGCUCUUUCCAAAAGGCGAAAAAUCGGAAGCAGGCUUUAAAAGGAAUCAGAAACUUGCUUAAGCCUGGGGGCUAUUUUGUCGGACUGCAGGUUAGCAAGCUUGAUAGUAUCUGGGCUUUGCUUAUGUCUUGUGCGUGUGGAGAAUUUUCGUUGUCGAGUGCCCAACAUGGUGAAGAUCAUUUUGACGAUGCAGUCAUGGGCAGUGAUGAGUGGGAAAGGGCAGCCAUAGAUGCAGGAUUUGAUACUUUUGGAAGCACCGAAUCUUCCCAUGGAAGAAAUUCCGGGCCGAUGCAUACCAUUCUCUGGAGGGCUUCAGAUGAGCAUCUUCGGUUGCUAGAAAAUUCGUUGUCUUCAGGCCGGAUAGAGGACAAUGAUUUGAUUGUGGUGGGAGGCACAACGACUCAGAUAUACCCCGUUGUCCUGUCUUUGAUACAAAAAUUGCGACCAUAUUUUCUGCGCAUCAUUCAUGCCGCUGACAUUGAGUCGUUGAAAAUACAAAAUGGGGUCACAGCGAAUUUUAUAUUGCUUAUUGAUGUGGAAGAACCUAUUUUCCAGAGUUUUACGAACGACAAGCUCGUCCGAUUUCAGCAAAUCAUGACGGUUGCUAGAACACUUUUGUGGGUAGCACCAAACCACGAUUCCGAAAACCCAUACUUGGGCAUGAGCAAAGGCUUUUUUCGGUCUUUGGUUUUUGAAUACCCCUUAUCAAGGAUUCAAUACCUUCAGAUACAACGCCUGGAAUAUGUUACUACAUCCUCAAUAUUCGACAUACUGAUGCGCUUAGUACGUACUAACAUUCAAAACGAGUAUAAAUUGCCUCAAGGUGUAGAUAAUCAUGAGUUGGAACUUAUGUUGGAUAGCAAAGGCGUCAUUAUGAUCCCUCGUCUGCAAAGGAGCAAUCCGCCAAACCAGCGAUAUUUAGCAAGUCGUUAUGUCCUUGACGAUAGUCAAGUGAGCUUGCGUGACUCUAUUGUGGAUGUCAUUGUCUCCAAUACAGUGAGAGAUAAUGUGCCUCAGUUUCAACUACUUCAUACAAACCAUUGGCAGACCAAGUAUGAAGCCACACAAUCAUCCAACUACAUCGAAGCGGAUUAUUCAACUUUGCAAGCAUUGCCGGUCGAUGGGGGUGGCUUUUUGCAUCUGAUGAUUGGCCAAGAUGCAGAAAAAAACACAGUUGCUGCGUUUUGCAGUCAACACGCUUCGCUUGUGGGAUCUAAAGAACUGUGGAGUCAGAAGAAACUCGAAUUUGACUUCUCCACCAUAUCAAAACCCAUGUUCAUAGAAGUGGUUGCACAAGCACUGUUGGCUUUCAAUAUCAUAAGCAAAACAAACCCCGGGAUGACCAUUUUGGUCCACGAGCCAAAGAUUGUUGGGACUGAAUUUCAAAGAAUCCUCUCUAUUAUAGGGGAAGAAAAAGGAAUCCACGUCUAUUUCAGUGUCAGCGAACAAGUAGAAGCUGAAAAUACGGCUCAUACUAUAUUCAUUCAUGCAAAGAGCUCGCUCCGCCAGCUUUCUAAGCAAUUACCAACAGAUAUUGCCUUGAUCAUACAGCUUAGUGACCGUCAUUCUACUCUUCUCUCUCGGAUUAAGUCACUUUUGCCGCUCGAAGUGAUACAUUUAAAAUCAACAGAUAUCUGCCGCUCCACUUCAGCUCUUUCGAAUGACAUGAACAUGCCGCUGCUUGAAAGAUUACUAAAUUCCGCUAUCGAAUUUGCGAAGUCGUACAGAUCCACGUCCAAAAGUACUGAUAUUACAAACAUUCAAUAUCUACCUAAUAUGUCAUUCUCUGAUUUGUCCAAACUCGAAAUCUUGGAUUGGACCGAUGCAGCCGCCGUGCCAGUACGGACUCGCCAAGCGAGUUCGUUAAUUAGAUUAUCGGCACAUAAAACCUACCUGCUUGUUGGAAUGACAGGUGAUUUAGGAAAGUCUUUAGCUGAGUGGAUGAUCUGUCGUGGGGCAAGGAACAUUGUGCUUGCUAGUCGAUCGCCCAAGCGUAGCUCACGAUGGACUCGUAAGAUGACUGCGCUAGGCGCACGAGUAGUCUUCAUGCAAAUGGAUGUGAGUGACAGGGAGUCUGUAUUAUGUGUUCACAAUAUACUUGAGCAGCUGCUUCCUCCAGUUGGUGGCGUCGUGAAUGGAGCAAUGAUCCUCAGAGAUAAUCUGUUCAGCAAUCUUACCCUUGAAAGUAUGCAAGACGUUUGGCGUCCCAAAGUGCAGGGAAGCAUCAUCCUCAGCGACCUCUAUCGUGACCCAGACCUCGAAUUCUUCAUUCUCAUCGGAUCCAUGGCAGGCCCAGUAGGCAAUCCAAGCCAGACUGCUUAUGGUGCUGCAGCCGAAUUCAUGGCCAGUCUUAUUCGUCAGCGACGUGAAAUUUUCAACCUCCCCGGCAGUGUUAUCCAUCCCGGAGCGAUCAUUGGGCUGGGCUACCUGGGACAUACUGGUCAGCAAGUCAAACGAGCGCUGAUUAACAGGUGGGGCCCAUCACAUCUGUCGGAACGCGACUUCCAUGAGCUGUUUGCAGAGGGUAUUCUCGCCGGAAAAAUAGACUCUGCAUGUAGUCCAGAAGUAAUCGCAGGUCUUAGACGGAUUCAUCCUAAAUAUUACCCUGACGCGUUGUGUUAUGCCGUACCAAAGAUGUGGCCUUUCAUCGUCUAUAGCGCUGAAUCCACGGCAAUUGAAGACACAAUGUCGUCAAAUAGCACUUUGACGUCGGUGAAAGCGCAGUUGCAACAUGCUAGCAGCCAAGAUCGAAUCUUGGGCACAAUAACAAGGAGUAUAAUAAACAAGCUUCUCCGCAAGCUCGGCUUGAAUGCAGAAAAACACCAACUUUCGGGACGAACAUACUUGACCGAACUGGGAGCUGACUCUCUAGUUGCACUCGACCUUCGGAGGUGGUUCCAUAAGGAACUGGGUGUUGAUAUUUCAAUUUUGGAGAUUUUAAGUGGUGUUUCAAUCGGCGAUCUGGUGCAGAGUGCUGCUUCAAAACUGGCAACAGGAUAG